ACCUUCAAUCUCAACGCGGCGGCAGCGCCGGGACCAAGCGGCUGGUCGAACGUGUUGCUUCUCCGCGUCGCGAGGGCGCGGCAUGGCCCGGCCGCGGUGGCAGCCUUCGUGGAGGUGUUCACGCACCACCGACUUGCUGCAGCAGACGCCGUGCUUUGGGGUGCCGCCGUGCUCGCGCCCGUCAAUCAGGGCAAGCGGCGGCCUGACGGGUCGUGGAAGUUUCGAACUGUGGGCUUGAUGGAGGCGCCAGUCAAGUUUGCCGAAGGCAUCGCUGUCGGCAAGUACCUCGCGGCGGCCCGGCGGCGGAUCGAACCCUCGGCUUUUGGGCUCGCGCCGAAAGGGAUCCCCAUGUGCAUCAAGUCGUUGCGCGGGUGGGCUGCUGCCAUGGCCGCGCCUGCCGCGCGCGCAGAGCCGGAG